UUGAAACAAGGGUCGAUUAUCACGGAAUAUUUAAUAUACUUUUUAUUGCUUAGCCUUUUUAAAAGCUUUCUUUAUUGGGAAUAUGCGCAAGAAACGUGUUUAGGAAGUAACGUCAUUUCGCAAAAAGCAAACUGACGUCAGUCUUUAGAUAACAUUUGACAUGGAUGGUUCUAAGUAUUCCGGAUAUCAAGAUGCUUAUGGUAGAUUUCGAAUGGGCGGUAAAAUUAAAUCGUAUCGCUCUAGACUUGAUUGGACUCUGGCCUAAAACUCCGCGAAGUCCGCGACAGAAGUUAUUGUGCGAUUUUCGAGUGCUCGUCGUCUUUUUGGGGAUAACUCUCGGUGUUCUAAUUCCUGCUAUACAUUCCCUGAUAAGAAUUCAAGGGGAUAUUAUGCUGAUGAUGGAUAAUUUACAAUUCACUUUGCCAGCCGUGAGCUGCUCGAUAAGAAUCGUGAUCUUUUGGUGGAAAAAAGAAGCUAUCGUGCCGAUCAUGGAUAUGAUCGCGGAAGAUUGGUUAAAGUUCAAGACUGCACGAGAGAGAAGAAUAAUGAUUAGGAGGGCGCGAAGCGCGCGCAUAAUUAUCACGUGCGCGUAUGGCAUAAUGAUAGUAGCGUGCUGUUUCAUCAUUAUUCUACCCGGUGUUGGCCUGUCGAUGAGAUUGACACCGAACAUCACCGAUCCGGGUAGACCUAUGCCAUUGCAAACCCACUACGUCUACGACGUAACGAGACGACCGCAAUACGAGCUAACAUUUAUCAGUCAGGCCAUCUAUAUCCUUCUCGCCAUCUUGUCCUACACUGGCAUCGACAAUUUUCUCGGUCUGCUAAUAUUUCACAUAUGCGGCCAAUUAGACAUUCUCAAGGAUCGUUUGACGUAUUUGGAUAAAUAUAUCAAUUCAGGCGAUAUGCUGAGAAGCUGCGUGGCGAAACAUACCAGUUUGCUCAGAGCCAUCACCGUCAUCGAAGAUACGUACAAUAUAACACUUCUCGCGUUAUUUGUGUACUUUGCGAUACUCUUUGCUUUCUACGGUUUCCGGAUAAUUAGCCUGUUUGAUGAAGGAAAUGAUUUAUCCCUCACUCACUUGAUGUAUCUUAUAUCUAACAUUUUCAACUUAUUUGCGCAUAUGUGCCUAUAUUGUGCUCUUGGCGAAAUUUUGGUGGCCCAGUGUAAUAAGAUAUAUUAUGCAGCGUAUAGUAAUAAAUGGUAUUCAGUGGAUUCGAGAAAUGCGAGGGAUUUGUUGCCAUUACUGAUUAGAGGCGCUAAACCGAUCUAUCUCACUGCUGGAAAAGUGUUUCCCAUGACAAUGGCUACAUUCUGUGGGCUAUUAAAAACAUCAGCUGGAUAUAUGUCUGUUUUGGUUACAACAAGAAAUCAAUCGAAAUCUUAAGAUAAACUUAAAUUGCAUAUCUAUAUAUUCCUGCUUUGAUAUGUACAAAUUAAUAUAUG